AUGGGUCUCUCCGCAUUCGAGAUUUUGGACAUUCUCGAGCUCAUUUUCUUUGUCCCUGCUCUGGUAGCCUCGGCAUAUGUCGUCUACAAGCAAGGCUACCGCAGCCGACUCGGAUGGAGGCUGCUCGUCAUGAUAUGUCUAUUCCGAUUGAUCGGCGCCAUCACUUCCCUCGUCGCCGUCAGGCAUCCAUCCAGCGGCUUGACCAUCACUUACGAUGUCAUGAAUAGCUUUGGUUUGUCGGCCAUCAUCUCCACAGCCUUAGCUCUCUUGGAUCGCGUAGAGGGCGGGAUGGCAUCACACGGCCUGCACCAUCAGAUUUUCCAGCUCCUGCACGUCCCCACUCUUGUCGGUCUCAUCCUCAGCGUGGUCGGGAGCGUCAACCUUUUCAGCGGCAGCCACUCCAAUGUCUCGGCAGGCUUCAACGAACUCAAAGCGGCCGUCUGUCUGUUUUUGGUUGUGUUCGUCGCCGAUUCCCUCAUCUCGGGACAUUGCUUCCUAAAGAUCAGUCACGUCUUGGCCUGUGAACGUGGCCUCUUGUUCGCAGUCGCUUUGGCUCUGCCCUUCAUGGCAGUCCGCAUGAUCUUCUCCCUCCUGUGCGUCUUCGCCAAUGAACCUAAAUGGUUCAGCACUUGGAGCCUGGAGUGGACCGCCAUCCUUGUACACGGCAUACUGGGCGUCCUCAUGGAGGCCAUCAUUGUCGCGAUCUUCAUCGUGGCUGGCUUAACCACACCGCCUGCAGCCCUCCCACCCGCUCACGAAGGUAAAGUGACUUACGACUUGGGGGCCCGGAGUGUCUAA